GCUUUCCCUUUAAAGACUCGCAGCGAUGCGACGCCGAGAAGCAGAGGUUGUUUGCUCAUCGUGGAGACCCACCGGCUACGUCGGUGUCACAAUUAUGUCCACUUUCAUCUGAUGGGACAACGAAGACGCGGCCUUUGCAUUCAUUUGGCUGCUUUGCUGGUGAUUGCGGCUGGACGCCGAGGAGGGAAUAUUUAGAAGGAGGUAUUUAUUCUGGCCUGUAACGGAGAUUUUCCGGCCCAUGUGGAUCUCAAAUCCGAAAUCGCUCAAUUUCGAGGACUCACUCUUGAUCGUUUUUUGGGGUUUUGUUUUUUUGUUUUGUUUUUUGUUGCUGUUUCCCCUCCGGAGAAUGAUUUGCCUUUGAGAAAAUUGGACCUGCGAAGCCAUUCUGUAGCGAUCGCCUGUUUCGUCAGCCCCGUGUCCGUCGGUGCAGCAAAAGACAAGCCGGACGAAGCUGCGUGGCAUAUGCCGCGCUCGAUCCUUAGACGCGGGCUUUGCUUAUUUGCGACGCACGGCGUAGGUCUGCUCCGAGGAUGUGAUCGCUUUCCAGCCCCGCCGCCUCCCCGACAGAGCCGCCCAUGAUGCCGAGGGCUUUGCGGAGACUUGUCCACCUGGCGCUGUUCUGCCCGCUGUCCAAAGGCCUGCAGAGUCGUCUCCCGGCCAUUAAGGUGAAGUACCUCCUCCUGGCAUGGCUGGGCAUCCUCAUCGCCAGCUGGGUCAUCUACAUGCAGUAUGCCUCCUACUCUGAGCUCUGCCGUGGGCAUGUCUGCCAUAUGGUCAUUGUAAGUAUACGCUCUCAACCCUCUGAAGCUCAUAACUAGACCAGGAGUGAGAAAAUUAGGUUACCGCAUGAACGUGUCUUCGCAUUU